UAUUUAAUAGAAGGUACAAUGUACAGAACCCACCUAUUUCCAUGCCCUUAUAAUAGUAUGUAUAUAUAAUGCUCUUUAGUCUUUAGUCUUCCCACUUCAGAUUCUCCCCAAAAUAUAAGCAACAUGACUUCUAUCAAAGAUUUUAUGUUGCUGGCUUUCUCUUCUCAAAUCUUCCAAACCACAAUUGCUUUAGCCUCCAACAAAUUGGAAUGGCUUCGGAAUUCCAUUUCCCAGAAAAAUCCCACCGACGGCGAGUCCAAAGACGCCGCCGCCGGAGAACUCGCCGUGAAACGGUUCAAGUCGGAGAUGGGAACGGAAGGGAGCUCGGAGUGCUCGGUGUGUCUGUGUGGAAUUGAAGAAGGGGACGAGAUAAGAGAGCUUAGUUGCCAUCAUCUUUUCCAUCGAGUUUGCUUGGACCGGUGGGUCGGAUAUGGGCGUGUAACGUGUCCUCUCUGCCGGCGGUCGGUGGCAGCCGGGAGAAUGGCGGCGGAGCACGGCGGAGGAUUGGUGUUGCUCAAGUUUCAGUGCCUGAGCACUAGCCAGAACCGAACAUCGUGGUGGUUGCGAUAGUACAUUCUUGUUUUGGUUUUUUUUUUUUUUUUAACUAUUGAGUCUAUUACAGUGUAAUAUAUGUUCAUAGCGUUAAGACUUGAACCUACCCUUUAUGUAGAGAUGUAAUCAUGUACCACUAGAGCACAAGGUCUUUAGCCUUGUUUUGGAUUUAUUAAUUAAUAAAUGGAUAACUUACAUUAGAAUGUAUA